CUUCGCGCGUCACGCGGCAGGGGGCGGGGCGGGGCCGCGUUUCGCGCCACUUUCCGAGGAACCGGCGGCGGGAAGGGAGAGCGCGGCCAGCGGAGGAGCCCGACUACGGCGGCGGCGGCAUGGCGGGGGCGCGCGCUCACGGGGGGGACUACGCGGAGGAGCGAGGGAAGGCCCGGAGCUUCCUGGAGGGCUUCCAGCGCCAGAGCCCCGUCGGGGCCCCCCAGCAGCAGAAGGACUUCCCCUACCACGCCUGCCUGGAGGCGCUGGCCCACCGGGAGGCCGUGGUCUUGCGCGUGGACCUGGACGACGUGGCCGAGGAGGACCCGGUGCUGGCCGAAGCCGUGGUCGAGAACGCGCAGCGCUACCAGCGCCUCUUCGCCGACGCCGUCGCGGAACUGCUGCCGCUUUACCGCCGCCGGGAGGUGGCCCACAAGGACUCCCUGGACGUCUACAUCGAGCACCGGCUGCUGCUGGAGGGGCGCGCCCGAGAGCCCGGCCAGCCCCGGGACCCCCAGAACCAGUUCCCGCAAGAGCUCAUGCGCAGAUUCGAGCUGUACUUCACGGCUCCUGUGGGCACCAAGGCCCGAGUGAUCCGGGAGGUGAAGGCUGAUUCCAUCGGCAAACUGGUGACCGUCCGCGGCAUCGUCACCCGCGUCUCCGAGGUGAAGCCUCGCAUGGUGGUCGCCACGUACAGCUGUGACCAGUGUGGUGCAGAAACCUACCAGCCCAUCCAGUCGCCAAGUUUCAUGCCUCUCCUGAUGUGCCCCAGCCGCGAAUGCCAGACCAACCGGGCAGGGGGGCGACUUUACCUGCAAAGCCGCGGCUCCAAGUUCAUUAGAUAUCAGGAGCUGAAGAUUCAGGAGCACAGCGACCAGGUGCCGGUGGGCAACUUGCCCCGCUCCAUUAGCGUUAGUGUGCAAGGAGAGAACACGCGCCUAGCGCAGCCGGGCGACCACGUCAGCAUCACCGGAGUCUUCCUUCCUGUGAGACAGACCGGCUUCAGGCAACUCUUGCAGGGUCUUCUCUCCGACACGUACCUGGAGGCCCACCACAUUGUCUGCGUGAGCAAGAGCGAGCAGGAGGAGCUGGGAGGAGAGGAGUUGACAGAGGAGGAGCUGCGCCAGAUCACAGAGGAGGACUUCUAUGAGAAGCUGGCCGCCUCGAUCGCUCCUGAGAUCUACGGGCACGAAGACGUCAAGAAGGCCCUGCUGCUGCUGCUGGUCGGCGGGGUGGACCAGAACCCCCGGGGCAUGAAGAUACGGGGAAACAUCAACAUUUGCCUCAUGGGGGAUCCCGGUGUGGCCAAGUCGCAGCUGCUCUCUUACAUCACCCGACUGGCACCACGCAGCCAGUACACGACCGGGCGUGGCUCCUCGGGCGUGGGGCUGACAGCCGCUGUGCUGCGUGACCCGCUGACGGGGGAGCUGACUCUGGAGGGGGGGGCUCUGGUGCUGGCCGACCAGGGCGUCUGCUGCAUCGAUGAGUUCGACAAGAUGCUGGAGUCGGAUCGCACGGCCAUCCACGAAGUGAUGGAGCAGCAGACCCUGUCGAUUGCCAAAGCGGGCAUCCUGACCACUCUGAAUGCCCGCUGCGCCAUCUUGGCGGCUGCUAACCCUGCCUAUGGCCGCUACAACUCCAAGCGUAGCUUGGAGCAGAACCUGCAGCUCCCGGCCGCCCUGCUGUCCCGCUUCGACUUGCUGUGGCUGAUCCAGGACCGGCCGGAUCACGACAACGACCUCCGGCUCGCCCAGCACAUUACCUAUGUCCACCAGCACAGUCGGCAGCCGCCCAACCAGCUCCAGCCGCUGGACAUGGCCCUCAUGAGGCGCUACAUCGGCACGUGCAAGCGGAAGCAGCCGGCGGUGCCAGAAUCGCUGGCGGAUUACAUCACUGCCGCGUAUGUGGAGAUGCGCAAGGAGGCCUGGGCCAACAAGGACACCACCUACACCUCCGCCCGCACGUUGCUGGGCAUCCUGCGGCUGGCCACUGCCCUGGCACGGUUGAGGCGGGUGGAUGUGGUGGAGAAGGACGAUGUGAACGAGGCAAUGCGCCUGAUGGAGAUGUCCAAGGACUCCCUCCUGGCAGACAAGGGAAAGCCCAGCAGAAGGCAGCAUCCCUCCGACCUGAUCUUUGUGGCCAUCCGGGAAAUGGUGCCGGCAGAGGGAGUCCGCUCGGUCCGCCUCGCUGAGGCCGAGCAGCGCUGCAUCUCCAAGGGCUUCACUCCUGCUCAGUUCCACACUGCGCUCGAGGAUUAUGAAGAGCUGAACGUUUGGCAGGUGAACCAGCAAAAGACCCGCCUCACAUUUGUGUAAGCCCACCAGGGGAGGACCCCCCUGCUCUCUUCCGAGCUGGGCUCCGACCCCCACUUAAAAAAAUUGGUUUUGUUUUCCUGCAAUAAAGUUUCUCAUAGUC